GUGUUUGAAGUUUGAACAGCUUCUGUGAGAGACCUCAGAAACAUAGCCAUGGCUGGGCCAGGCAGGCGUAUCGGAAAACUCCCCAUGGAGCUGAAUAAGGUCUGCCCUGAUGAAGGAGACAGCUAUCCUGUGUAUCCUACAAGCUGUUAUGAUCUUGACAUGGUCCCAAAUCUCAGACGAAAUAAUAGCAAGUUCAGUAAAAACAAGAGGAGAGCUCACUUCCCUUCCGGAAGUGGCUCCAAUGAAAAGGAAAAUCUGAGCUCAUGGAUUCCUGAAAACAUUCGGAAAAAAGAAUGUAUUUAUUUUAUUGAAAGUUCCCAGACGUCAGAUUCUGGGAAAGUGGUAUGUGAGUGUGGCUAUGUGAGGGAGCAGCAUUUAGAGGAAGCCAUAAAACCUGCCAUGUUCCAGGGGAAAGAAUGGAAUCCCAGAAGACAUGUCCAGGAAGUGCCAACAGAUGCUUUCGGAGAUCUCAGCUUCAUAGGCUUGGGACAGAAAGUAGGGAAGUAUGUGCGUGUCUCCUCUAACACUCCACCGAGAGUCAUCUACCAGCUGAUGACACAGCACUGGGGCCUUGAUAUACCCAACCUCUUAAUAUCUGUGACAGGAGGUGCUAAGAAUUUCAACAUGAAGUUGAGACUGAAGAGCAUAUUCCGGAGGGGGCUUGUCAAAGUGGCACAGACAACAGGUGCCUGGAUCAUCUCGGGUGGUUCUCAUGCUGGUGUGAUGAAACAAGUUGGAGAAGCAGUACGGGAAUUCAGCAUGAGUAGCUGCUACAAAGGCGAGGUUAUCACCAUUGGCAUUGCAACAUGGGGGACUAUACACAACCGCAACAGCCUCAUUUGCCCUAUGGGUAGCUUCCCAGCGGAAUAUGUGCUGGAUGAGGAAACCCAAGGGAAUCUCUCUUGCCUGGACAGUAAUCACUCACACUUCAUUCUAGUGGAUGAUGGGACACAUGGGAAAUACGGUGUGGAGAUCCUCUUGAGGACCAAACUUGAGAAGUUCAUUUCGGAGCAAACCAAGGUGAAAGGAGGAGUUGCCAUUAAAAUACCAAUUGUUUGUGUAGUACUGGAGGGUGGCCCUGGAACUCUUGACACCAUCUACAAUGCUAUCACCAAUGGCACCCCCUGUGUGGUUGUGGAAGGCUCAGGGAGGGUGGCUGAUGUCAUUGCUCAAGUGGCUAAUCUGCCGAGCCCCCAAAUAACCAUCUCCCUCGUUCAGCAAAAACUGAGCAUAUUCUUCAAAGACAGCUAUGAGCAGUUUACUGAGAGUAAGAUUGUGGAAUGGACCAAAAAGAUCCAGGAUAUUGUGCGCAACAGGCAGCUCUUGACCAUCUUCAGGGAAGGAAAAGAUGAUCAGCAGGAUGUUGAUGUGGCCAUUCUACAAGCAAUGCUCAAAGCCUCCCAGUACAGGGAUCACUUUGGCCAUGAGAACUGGGACCACCAGCUGAAACUUGCAGUGGCAUGGAACCGGGUGGAUAUUGCCCGGAGUGAGAUUUUCACUGAUGAUCAUGAGUGGAAGCCCUCUGAUCUGCACCCAGUGAUGGCAGCUGCCCUCAUAGCCAACAAGCCAGAUUUUGUAAAGCUGUUUCUUGAGCAAGGUGUGCACCUGAAGGAGUUUGUUACCUGGGACACCCUGAUCUACCUCUAUGAAAACAUGACAACCUCCAGCGUCUUCCACACGAAGCUACAGAAGGUGUUCCUAGAAGAGAGGGAGAUCUCAGCUUUCUCCAAAGCACCAAGGAUCCAAAUGCACCAUGUGUCCCAGGUGCUGAGGGAAUUGCUGGGAGAUUUCACACAGCAGCUGUAUCCCAAGCCAAAGAACACUGAGCAACACCGUCUCUCCAUCGCUGUGCCUCACAUCAAGCUCAACGUACAAGGGGUGAGUCUUCGAUCCCUCUACAAGCGUUCUGCUGGCCGAGUCACAUUCACCAUGGAUCCCGUGAGAGACUUGCUCAUUUGGGCAAUUGUCCAAAACCGCAAGGAACUGGCUGACAUCAUCUGGACUCAGAGCCAGGACUGCAUUGCAGCAGCUUUAGCCUGCAGCAAGAUACUGAAGGAGCUGUCCAAGGAGGAAGAUGACACUGACAGCACAGAGGAAAUGCUGAACCUGGCAGAGGAGUAUGAAUAUCGAGCCAUUGGUGUCUUCACUGAAUGCUACCGGAAGGAUGAAGAAAGAGCCCAGAAGCUGCUGAUUCGUGUGUCUGAUGCUUGGGGGAAGACCACCUGCCUACAACUAGCCCUGGAAGCCAAAAAUAUGAAUUUUGUGUCUCAUGGGGGCAUACAGGCCUUCUUAACCAAAGUUUGGUGGGGGAAGCUGAGUGUCGAUAAUGGGUUGUGUUGGGUCAUCAUGUGCAUGCUGUUCUUCCCCCUUCUCUAUACUGGCCUCAUCACAUUCAGAGAUAAGAGGCUGCAGCCGAUGACUUGCCUGAAUCGCUUCCAAGCCUUCUUCACUGCUCCUGUCGUCAUCUUCCACCUCAAUAUCCUUUCCUACUUCAGUUUCCUUUGGCUUUUUGCCUAUGUGUUGAUGAUAGAUUUCCAGUUAACUCCAUCCUGGCAGGAGUAUGUCAUCUAUAUCUGGCUCUUCUCCUUGGUGUGUGAGGAGACACGUCAGCUUUUUUAUGAUCCUGAUGGGUUUGGCUUUGUGAAAAUGGUUUCCUUAUACCUCAGUGACUUCUGGAAUAAAUUGGAUGUGUGUGCCAUCCUAAUCUUUAUAGCUGGGCUGACCUGCAGAUGGAUUCCAGCUACUUUAUAUCCUGGAAGGAUCAUACUGUCUCUGGCUUUUAUUGUUUUUUGCCUGCGUUUAAUGCACAUUUUCACAGUCAGUAAAACUCUAGGCCCCAAGAUCAUCAUAGUGAAGAGGAUGAUGAAGGAUGUCUUUUUCUUCCUCUUCCUCUUGGCUGUUUGGGUCAUGUCCUUUGGAGUAGCUAAGCAAGCUAUCUUGAUCCACAAUGAGAAGCGUGUGGACUGGAUCUUCCGGGGUGUUAUUUACCAUUCUUACCUGACAAUAUUUGGACAGAUCCCUUCCUACAUUGAUGGAGUGAACUUCAGCCUUGAUCAGUGCAGUCCGAAUGGGACUGACCCAUACAAGCCCAAGUGCCCCGAGAACAAUGAAGCCAACCAGCAGCCCAUCUUCCCUGAGUGGCUGACAGUCAUCUUGCUCUGCCUGUACCUGCUCUUCACCAACAUUCUCCUCCUCAAUCUCCUCAUUGCAAUGUUCAACUACACAUUCCAGCAGGUGCAGGAGCACACUGAUCAGAUCUGGAAGUUUCAGCGUCAUGACCUGAUUGAGGAGUAUCAUGGCAGGCCCCCUGCUCCACCACCCUUCAUUCUUCUAAACCACCUGCAGCUCUUUGUCAAGCGGAUCAUUUUCCGGAAGCCAGCCACACGGCACAAGCAGCUCAAAGAGAAGCUAGAGAAAAAUGAAGAGGCAGCUCUCUUGUCCUGGGAGAUGUUCCUGAAGGAAAACUACUUGCAAAUCCAACAAUGCCAACAGAAGCAGAACACUGAGCAGAAGAUCCAGGACACUGCAGAGAGAGUGGAUAUGCUAGUAGAAAUGCUGGAUCUUGAUCGGGUGAAAAGGACAGGGCUGGUGGAGCAGAGGUUGGUGUAUCUUGAAGAGCAGAUGUUCCAGUUUUCAAAGGCACUACAGUGGAUUGUUCAUUCACUGUCUAGCAGUGGGUUUGGAUCAGAGGAAGAUGUUCCCAUCAUAGUUCCCAGCAGAGCCCCUGAGAUGAAAGAUUGCCAUGCAGAGGAGAUCUCAGAAUCUGUUCACACCAUCUAUCAUGUGAGCGCCAGAAACCUCUUGUAUCCCAGCUCUACUGCUGUCUGCUUUCCUGUGCCAGAUGAGAAGGUGCCUUGGAAGGUAGAGUUUGAGAUCUACAAUCCACCUUUCUACAGUGCAGAAAGGCAAGACAAUGCUUCACUUGACUUCCUAAGAGACUCUCUAGAGAAUCUUUCAAGGAUAAACUUUAACAGUAUGGAUGGAGAUAUCAACAGACAGAGCUUCCAUGGCACCUAUCGGAUCGAGGAUGGCCUGCCGCUGAAUCCCAUGGGAAGGACAGGAUUGAGGGGCCAAGGGAUCCUUCGGUUCUUUGGACCAAAUCAUGCUCUUCACCCUGUUGUGACACGCUGGAGGAGGAACGUAGAUGGAUCUAUUUAUAGAAAAAGCUUAAAGAAAAUGGUGGAAGUCUUAGUAGUCAAAUUUCCCUUUUCAGAUCACUGGGCUUUGCCUGGGGGAUCUUUACAGCCAGGGGAAGCUUUGCCACAAAAGAUGAAGCGGGUCCUGAGACGGGAAUUCUGGCCACAGUUUCAGAAAUUGUUGAAUCAGGGUACAGAGAUAUACAAAGGGUACAUAGAUGACCCCAGGAACACAGACAAUGCCUGGAUAGAAACUGUGGCCAUCAAUGUGCACUUUGAAGAUCAGAAUGAUGUGGAGAUGAAGCGUAUGAAUUCGUUUCUCCAGGGCAGUGAUUGUGAGGUGACCGUCCAGUGGCAAGUUGUUGACAAGAGAAUCCUGCUUUAUGCGAACCACAAAGAACUCCUGCAGAAAGCAUCAGUCCUCCUGGGAGCAUUCUACUGACAACAUAGGACCAUCGCCCAUAGUCCUCCUCCCAUUUGUCCCUCAGCUCUUUCUAAAUGCAGCAAACCUGACUGGAAUCUUUCCCGCU